GACCCUUUUUCACGAGCGAGAGAGUAUAGAGGGAAAGAAAAAAGAUACCUUUUUAGCUUCAAAAAGAAAGGAUACCUUUUUUUGUGGAGGAGGAAUCCAAUCGCAAUUUCGCAAUUUGUGACGGCACAAAGCUGCUCUUACCAUUUCGUGCCCCACGAGUGCCUGUCUUUCCUCACUCUCGCAUCCGCUGCUUCCUGAUAAAGAUCUCCUACGAAUCCGCGCCAGCAUCCGGUUACUCUUGUCCCCCACUAGGAGCGGGGACCAAGAACUCCGAAUGUGGCUUCGUGGCGCCCGCCUGUGGAUGUGGAUGGUCUCCGUCCACCUCGCCGUCCGCCCCUCGCUUGGUUUUGGCUUCCUAGUUCCUACCAUGGCACCGCCAAGCCGAUUCUAGCUGGGAUUAACCCCAGCUCUGCUCGCCAUUCCGCUCCGUCGAGUAUUUCGUCAAACAGUUGGUAGGCGGUGUCUAGAGCAGAGCAGGUGGAGCGCUAGGCUAAACGGAUGGGCAGAGGACAGGAUGAGAACUAGCAGUCACGAAACCAGAUGAGCUCUCCGGGUUCCUGUUCCCCGUUUCAUGCUCUACAGACUACGUAUAACUGAAGAGGCUGUUCGGGCACUAAAUUAAGGUCGUUGGCAAGACGAUACUCGUUUCUUGGUCCUUGGGAAGAUGGGCUCUGCUCACUUGGCUGCCCUGCUUCUGUGCGGCUGCAUGUUCGUCACUGGAACCGUGGCAGCUAGCCAGAACGGCAACCUCACAAGGCCAGCUGAGGUGCGCAUCGGUGCACUGUUCACGUUUGAUUCAGUUAUCGGAAAGGCGGUGAGACCCGCUAUAGAGCUUGCCGUUGCAGAUGUCAAUGCUGACCCUAGCAUACUCUGGGGGACGAACCUGAGUGUUCUUAUGCAGGACACCAAUUGCAGUGGCUUUGUUGGCACCAUAGAAGCAUUGCAGCUUCUGGCUAAAGAUGUAGUCGCCGUAUUAGGUCCACAAUCUUCGGCUGUUGCUCAUGUCAUUUCCCAUGCUGUCAAUGAACUCCAUGUCCCACUUAUCUCUUUCGCAGCCACCGAUCCUGCCCUUUCUUCCCUUGAAUACCCAUAUUUUGUGAGGGCUACACAUAGUGAUUACUACCAAAUGGGUGCUAUCGCUGCCAUCAUUAGUCAAUAUCAAUGGAAACAAGUCAUUGCCAUAUAUGUUGAUGAUGAUUAUGGUAGAGGUGGCAUCUCAGUACUAGGUGAUGCCCUUGCAAAAAGGAAGUGCAAGAUAUCCUACAAAGCUAAGUUGCCACCUGGUGCUGCAAAGACUUCUAUCAAGGAUAUCUUGAUGCAGGUAAAUGACAUGGAGUCUCGUGUCUAUGUUAUCCACGUUAACCCUGACUCUGGUCUUAACGUGUUCUUAGCUGCAAAAUCUUUGGGCAUGAUGAGCAGUGGCUAUGUAUGGAUAGCGACAGACUGGCUUUCUGCAGUGAUAGAUUCUUCUGAGCAUGGUAAUCCUGAUGUGAUGGAACUUACGCAGGGCGUUCUUGUGCUUCGGCAGCAUAUAGCUGAUUCUGAUAUUCAGCAUGCUUCCAAGUGGAAUAAUCUUACUAGGAAUGGAAGCUCUUACUUUAUGCAUGCUUAUGACUCUGUAUGGUUAGUUGCUCAUGCUGUUGAGCGUUUUCUGAGAGAAGGGGAUGCUAUAUCUUUUUCUGCUGAUCCAAAUUUGCAAGCUAAAAAGGAAAGUAACCUUCAGUUAGAUUCUCUCAGGAUUUUCAACAGUGGAGAUAAACUACUGGAGAAAGUGUGGAGUGCAAACUUCUCAGGGGUUUCUGGUCCAGUUCAAUUUACUUUGGAUCGAGAUUUGGUACACCCAGCCUAUGAUAUUCUGAAUAUUGGUGGUACAGGAUUAAGAACCAUUGGAUAUUGGUCAAAUUCUUCUGGUCUCUCAGUUGUUGCUCCAGAAAGCUUAAGUUCAUCAGCACUGGACUCUUCAGUCAACAAUGUAGAACUCCAUAGUGUUAUAUGGCCUGGUCAGACUUCUGAGAAACCUCGCGGUUGGGUGUUUUCGUAUCAUGGGAAGCCUAUGAGGAUUGGAGUACCUCUCCGAACAAGCUACAAAGAAUUUGUUAUGCAAGACAAUGGUCCUGAUGGAGUAAAGGGCUUUGCAGUUGAUGUCUUCAAAGCUGCAAUAAGCUUGUUGCCCUAUCCAGUUUCAUGCAAGUUUGUUUUAUUUGGUGAUGGUUUGAAGAAUCCUAGCUACAGUGAACUUGUUCAGAAAGUAUCUGAAAAUUACUUUGAUGCUGCAGUAGGGGACAUUGCUAUAGUGACGAAUAGAACAAGACUUGUUGAUUUUACCCAACCAUAUAUAGAAUCGGGUCUUAUCAUUGUAGCUCCGGCAAGGGUGGUUGAAUCAAAUGCUUGGGCUUUUUUGAAACCAUUCACCUUUCGGAUGUGGUGUGUCCUAGUUGUUAUAUUCCUCUUCGUGGGUGCAGUUGUUUGGAUACUUGAACACCGCACUAAUACUGAGUUUCGUGGACCUCCAAGGCAACAAAUUAUGACAGUAUGCUGGUUUAGUUUCUCUACCAUGUUCUUUGCACACAGAGAGAACACAGUUAGUGCACUUGGUAGAUUUGUGCUGCUUAUCUGGCUCUUUGCUGUGCUCAUUAUUAACUCAAGCUACACGGCAAACUUGACAUCACUUCUCACGGUUCAGGAGCUGACUUCAGGGAUACAGGGCCUCGAUAGCUUGAUCUCUAGUUCAAGUGCAAUUGGCUAUCAAGUUGGAUCUUUUUCCAGAAACUACCUCGUGGAUGAGCUCAAUAUUGCCGAGUCCCGUUUGGUGCCACUGAACAGCCCAUCUGAUUAUGCAAGAGCACUAGAGCUAGGUUCAGGAAAUGGUGGUGUUGCUGCAAUAAUUGACGAGCUUCCAUAUGUUGAGAUCUUCCUAUCAAAAUACUGCAAGUUCAAGACAGUUGGUCAGGUUUUCACAAAAAGUGGAUGGGGAUUUGCCUUCCCAAGAGAUUCCCCUCUUGCUGAGGACUUGUCAACAGCAAUCCUGGCACUAUCAGAGAAUGGCAAUCUCCAAAGGAUCCAUGAUGAAUGGUUAAGUGCGACAGAGUGCAGUGCAGACAACAAUGGUGCUGCGUCGAACUCCUUGAGCCUAUCAAGCUUCUGGGGCCUCUUCCUCAUCUGUGGCCUUGCAUGUCUCGUUGCUCUUGUAAUUUUCUUCCUUCGCAUAUUCUGUCAGUACAGCAGAUACAGUAACCAGGUCGAGGCUCAGUUUCCUGAGCCCCAACAGAUUCUGAACAGACCAGCAAGGUUAACUACCAUCAAGUCAUUGAUCUCUUUUGUUGAUAAGAAAGAGGAGGAGGUGAAGAAUGCUCUCAAGAAGAGACCAAAUGGCAGUCAGCAUCCAAGCAUUGGCAGUACAGAAGAACAAUCCACAUUACCACCUACAUCCAUUGCAUAACUAAUGAUACCAAAAUAAUGUGCAAUCCUGCUUUGAAGUGGAAGUUCUCCUAGCACAGAGGUCGAGUUGACGCUGAAGGGGUUUUCCUGCAUGUGCCUUGCUAUGACUUAUGACUGUGAAAACAUAUCAUCGGAAUCAGCUUCAGACUUCAGAGCAUUGUCUUCAGAGAAAAUACAUCAGCUUUAGGUUUUAUUUUUUGCCAACAGCAACAAUUCUGGAUCUCCUCGCUAGCAAUAUCUGGGAGAAGUAGCAUUCAGUUGCAGGUUCAACUUCUGUCAAGUUGGCCUUCUUCAUUUUGAAGUAACUCCUACCAAAGUUAUUGUAGCUACCAUCUGAAGCAUCUUCCAAAAAAAAAGUUGCGAAGUUAGAAUCUUUGUUUGGUGCGAUAUGUGGCCAGUUGUGCAUGACCCUUCAUCUUGUUUAUUUAUUGAGAAGUAGCACAUCAGCAACCCC